GCGUGGGACGCCUCCAAAUGGAUCUGCUGCGGAGAGAACGGGGUCGCUUCGGAGCAGGGAGGAACCCCCCGAGACGCGACUCCUCCGACGCCUUUAACACUCCCGCCCAUCCCCCUCGCCACGGCUCAAUCUGAGCCGCAUAUGCAUAUCCUGCCAGGCCAAACCCCACCUUCCUGGUGCGGAGCCGGCAAGGGCGGCUGCUCGGCUCAAACUCUGCGGCGGCGAGCGGUGGCAGGCAGCAGGGCGUAGGGAGGGGACCUUUUCGCUGUGCUGCUGCUGCUACCCUGCCGAUAGAGAAGCGGAGCUCUGGCCUUAUACAGGCGCUCCGCAAGGCGAAAGAACUGCUGAGGCUUCUGUUGCCAGUGCCCAGCUGGCCAUAUCAUGAUCAGUUUUGGAGGAAUUGCUGCCAAACUGGAGAGGAACCGUUUGCGGGCAGAAGGAGUGGGCGACCACCACAAUGCUGUUAAAUACCUUGGCCAGAAUUACGAGUCUCUGAAACAAGAGUGUUUGGAAGGUGGCACUUUAUUUGAAGAUCCCCAAUUUCCUGCCAUCCCCUCAGUUCUUGGCUUCAAGGAACUGGGACCUGCUUCUGGCAAAACCCGUGGAGUGCGCUGGAUGCGCCCAUCGGAAAUUGUAGAUGAUCCUCAAUUCAUUGUUGGAGGUGCUACAAGGACAGAUAUCUGCCAAGGAGCGUUAGGUGAUUGUUGGUUGCUGGCUGCUAUUGGCUCCCUGACACUCAAUGAGGAACUCCUGCACCGUGUUGUACCUCAUGGGCAGAGCUUUCAGGAAGACUAUGCUGGCAUCUUCCACUUCCAGAUCUGGCAAUUUGGCGAAUGGAUGGAUGUGGUAAUCGAUGAUCGACUACCAACCAAGGAUGGAGAGCUGGUAUUUGUGCACUCUGCAGAAUGUCAAGAGUUUUGGAGUGCUCUGCUGGAAAAGGCCUAUGCUAAGUUGAAUGGCUCUUAUGAGGCCCUAUCAGGGGGCAGCACCACUGAGGGCUUUGAAGACUUCACAGGUGGUGUGGCAGAAAUGUAUGACCUCAAGCGACCCCCUAGCAACCUAUCCAAGAUCAUCUGCAAAGCUCUUGAGAGGGGAUCUUUGCUUGGCUGCUCCAUUGAUAUCACAAGUGCCUUUGACAUGGAAGCAGUUACCUUCAAGAAACUAGUCAAGGGUCAUGCUUACUCUGUCACGGGAUUUAGGAAUGUGGAGUAUCGUGGCCGUCAAGAACAGCUGAUUCGCAUAAGGAAUCCUUGGGGACAGGUGGAGUGGACUGGAGCUUGGAGUGACAACUCUUCAGAGUGGAAUGAAGUAGACCCUGAUCAGAAUGAGGAACUUCGAUUAAAAAUGGAGGAUGGUGAAUUUUGGAUGUCUUUCCGAGACUUCAUGCGUGAGUUCUCUAGGCUGGAGAUCUGUAACCUCUCCCCAGAUGCUCUGACUAAGGAUGACAUGAGCAAAUGGCACACCACUCUGUUUGAGGGAGGUUGGCGCCGUGGCAGUACAGCUGGGGGCUGCAGGAACCAUCCAGCCACCUUCUGGGUUAAUCCACAGUUCAAAAUCAAACUCUUGGAAGAGGAUGAUGACCCAGAUGAUGAUGAGUUAGCUUGCAGUUUCUUAGUGGCUUUAAUGCAGAAACACCGGCGAAAAGAGCGCCAAGCUGGAGGAGAUAUGCACACCAUUGGAUUUGCAGUCUAUGAGGUUCCUGAUGAGUUCCAAGGAUGCCAGAGUGUUCACUUGAAGAAGGAUUUCUUCUUGAGGAACCAGUCUCGGGCACGAUCAGAGACCUUUAUCAACCUGCGAGAGGUGAGCAACCACAUCCGCCUGCCCCCUGGCGAGUACAUCAUAGUGCCCUCUACAUUUGAACCCAAUAAAGAAGCAGACUUCGUCCUGCGCGUCUUCACUGAGAAGCAGUCGGACACACAGGAGUUGGAUGAGGAGAUCUCAGCAGAUUUGCCUGAUGAGGAGGAAAUCUCUGAGGAUGAUGUGGAUGAAAACUUUCGGAACAUGUUCCGGCAGCUUGCAGGAGAUGAUAUGGAAAUCAGUGUGUUUGAGCUCCGGACUAUCCUGAACAGAGUUGUUUCCAGGCACAAAGACUUGAAGACAGAUGGGUUCAGCAUGGAUUCCUGCCGCAGUAUGGUCAACUUGAUGGACAAAGAUGGCAGUGCUCGCCUGGGCAUUGUAGAGUUUCAGAUUUUGUGGAACAAGAUCAGGGCCUGGCUGAACAUCUUUCGCCAGCAUGACAUUGACAAGUCAGGCACUAUGAGCGCUUAUGAGAUGCGUCUGGCUCUGGAAUCAGCUGGCUUCAAACUGGACAACAAGCUGAACCAAGUGCUGGUGGCCCGUUACGCUGAUGAGUCACUGGGUGUGGACUUUGAUAACUUUGUCUGCUGUUUAGUCAAGUUGGAGACAAUGUUCAGAUUCUUCCAAAGUAUGGAUCCUGAAGGCACUGGGGUUGCUGAGAUGAAUCUUGGUGAGUGGCUGACAUUCACAAUGUGCGGCUAAAGCAGAGAUGGAGCUAGCUGAGAAGACACCAUUGAACUGGGCUGCCCCAAGUGCCUCCGUCACAUCAGGCUGAUCAACAUAGAAAUUAAACCAUCAUCCAGCUUCCCUUCUAACCCUCCUAUGCUGAGCCCACAGAGUGCUUCCUUCCUUCCCGACUUCAAGCAUUUCAGUACCCCUGGAUUAAGCUCCCCCACGAUCACCUGUUCCGGAACUAAAGUUCCUUUAGGAAGCAGGGCAGAGAGAGGCAGCUGUUUCUUGCUGGUAGUGUGGUUUGUGAGCUGGGCAAAGAUGUGAGAGGGGCACGUAUGCAUGGUGGGGGUCACUGCAUGCCAGCUGUAGUGUAGUUGCACUUGUCAGAGGGGCAUCUACCCUCAAAGCAGAAGAGGUGGGGCUGUGUUGCUUUCUCUCCCUCCUCCCUGGCCAGUGCUGCUGAUCUGGAUCCUGCAAGGAAACCUUGCUUUCUCUCCUUGAUGGGCAUUGCAACAAGCACUGCUUUGCUAUUUUUCUAGUAAGUUAACUCAAUAGCAGAUUAAAUAGGGACCUGUAUCCUUAGUAUAGCUGUUGGUGUGCAGUGUGAAGUAAUAGAGUGGCCAAGAGGGUGGUGUGACCAUAUUCAGAUUCCUGCCUCUUUCAGGUCACCUGCUUAAGGCUCCCAAAAUCUAGUGAGUUCUAUAUAAAAAAUUGGUUGCUUUGAUUCAAAACUCACUGCCUUCUUCUUAAGUCAUGCCCAGUUAUGUAAGUUACUGAUAAGAUUCCCUCCCCCUCCCCUCCACCCCAAAAAAUCAUGAAGACAGGUAGGGAGAAUGUUUCAGCACUAGUGGCCAUGUUAAGAGGAGGAGAAAAUAGCUUUUCAAAAUCAGACAGGAGACAAAAUGAUCAGGAAAAUUCUACUGGGGCAAUGCCUGCUUGUUCCUAAACUGCUCAGUCUCUGUUUGGUGUUAACUUCCACAAUCAAUUGGUGGGACUAAAAGGAAACAGCUGUGAAAGCCUUCAAACAGAAACCUGUGGUCUCUCAGUGGCUCUAUGUCAUACACAUAAAGAGCAAUCCUAAGCAAGUCUACUCAGAUGUCAGUCCCUUUUUUUAAUCAGUGGGACUUAAUCCCAGGAAAGUGUUUUUAGGAUUGUAGCUGUAGUGCCAGCCACUGUCUAUAUGGGUUUGAUUCCCCACUCCUCUACCUGUGGCAGGUUUGAGAAUCGGGUUUGAUUCCCCAUUCCUCCACUUGAGUGGCAGAGGCUUUGUCUGGUGAACCAGAUGUGUUUCCGCACUCCUACAUUCCUGCUGGAUGACUUUUAGGUAGUCACAGUUCUUUCUGAACUCUCUUAGCCUCAUCUACCUCACAAAGGUGGGAUAUAAAUCUAAACUCUUCUUCUACGGAGGUUAUCUCGGUCCAGUUAUUGCAGCUCCUACCUAUCUAUGACUGCUUCCUAAAUUGGUAGUGGUCUAGUUUUCAUGGUUAAAAUGGAUCACUGCCUCCAGGGAAGUUCUCUGAGGCCUCUUGUUAGCCCUAUUGCCUUUUUGUGGCAGAUCAGGAUAUGUGUGGGUAUAUAUCAAAGGCUAAAGUCCUUUCCUUUUUGGGUCCUGGUUCCAGAUGUGCUCCUGACUGGCUCCCUUUUUUCGCUUCAUCACUCACUAAUCUAUUCCAGGGAUUUUUGAAUGGAACGAUAUGAUUAAAUGGUGGAGUGUGUUCCACAAAGGUGUCCUCUUAAUGUUAAGCCAUGAAAGAGCAUUUCAAUCUUUCUCAUCUCCCAUACAUCUGAUGGGAUCUUUGCUAGAGUUCAGCAGCCAUUGUAGAGUCCUCCAAUAGACAGGUGCUGCAGGCAUGGUUUUCUUCUGAGGAAUGUUCCCAGAGUUUUUGCUUCUGUCCGAGUUAGCAUCAAAAUACUUUGAUGUUGUUCUUCUAUGGAUUAGAAUCACUACUUUUAAAUGCCACCAGUCAGCAAGGCAUAAAUUGUAAUUGUCCCUUUGCUUGAAUAGGGGAAUGGACAUGCAUUGGAUACCUGUCUGUGUAUUGUGAGAGGCAGAAUCCGUGCUCUGUAACCUAGCCCCAAAGGAAUGUAAUAAUUGCUGUGCUCAGAAUAAGUCAUACACAAAAAGAGAAUGUGAAUUUGCCUGGUGUCGCUUUGGCUUACAAAGCUUAGUCAAGCUUGUGUGCAAUCCUUAACUGUGAGAAAUAUGGAUGUAAAAAAUUAUGUAGUAUAUCAUGGCCCUUGGCCAAUUGGGAGCUUUAAAUCUGACAGCAGGAUGCAGAGGUGUAUAAUGCUCUGAUAAAUGCACACAAACACACAAAACCAUGACUUCAUUUAGUUGUCCACCCUGCCUUUGCCUUGUUUUCCAAAACUCUCCCCCGCCCCCCCCUGCACUCCCGGAAUAGGAAGACUAAAGAAGUUUUUAAGGGGAGAGAAUCCUGAGGGUUUCAGAAUUGCCAGAAAAAUAUCCAUUCCUCUCAUUAAGAUCCAAAUUGUGGAACUGGAAGAUGCACACAGUCUUUCUCCAGUUGCUUAAUGUAGCAUCUAUUUGGGAUAGAAAAAGGCUUUUCUGGGCCACUUAUACAUAUCAGCAUGGUAACAAAUUUGUAGCAAAACAGGAUUUGCAAACAUAGAAGCUAACUGGAGAAGCCUCUGCUGGCUCUCCCAUCUGUUGUUUUUACAAGGGCAUUCCAGCUCUUCAGCCAACAUUUUUGUCUUUACCCCAAUGCUUCUGUGGGGGGUGGGAGAGUCUUUCUGCCUAGCUUCAACCAGAAACCUUUCAUGCCUUUGUCUGAGAAGGUAGUGGCUUUAGCGCUUUGCUGUAGGGACCUGCACCUUUCCACUGCCUUAUGGCUCCUGCAGAUUGAGUCUGCGUUGAUAACCACUUCAGUUCAAAUAGCACAACCUCUCUUCUGCCCAACUUGUAACCUAUGUGAAGUAUAAUAAAUAGAGCUAUAUCUAC